GCAGCGCUUCUCAGCAGGGAGAGGAGAGAGAAAGAGCUCUCGAGUUCACGGAGAGUCAAAGCGAAGCUGCUGCUGGACAGACAGACAGACAGACAGACAGACUCUGGCAAUAAGGAGACGUGUUUAUAUCCACAGGCUGCUCUAGCAUCUCUUGAGAAGAUUGUGCAAAAGGAAUAAAAACCUCGCCACAUCCCAGCCAUCAAUCAUGAAUAAAAGCCGCUUGGCUAUCGACAUUCUGCUCUUGUGUAUAUCCUGUGGAGCAAGUGCACUGGCAGCCUUCAGUCCCACUGUCUCUUCAUCUCUUCCAGCAACCAAUUUCACUGAUAUUGGCUCUGCGCCUCCAAAAUAUCUCAGUGAGGCCGCAAACCUUCCCAAGACCAGACGGAAACGUUAUAUUUCCCAGAACGAUAUGCUUGCGAUACUUGAUUACCAUAAUAAAGUCAGAGGAAAUUUUCCCCCAGCCUCAAACAUGGAAUAUAUGGUCUGGGAUGACACUCUUGCAAAGACUGCAGAACAGUGGGCGUCCACUUGUAUUUGGGAGCAUGGCCCUCGCAGUCUACUUAGAUUUCUGGGUCAGAACCUUUCCGUCCGAACAGGAAGAUACAGGUCCAUUUUGCAGCUGGUGAAGCCCUGGCAUGAUGAAGUGAAGGACUAUUCAUUUCCCUAUCCUCGAGACUGCAAUCCCAGAUGUCCCCUGAAGUGCUACGGGCCUAUGUGCACUCAUUAUACACAAAUGGUGUGGGCAACCUCAAAUAAAGUAGGAUGUGCCAUCAACACAUGCCAUAAUAUGAAUGUUUGGGGCUCAGUAUGGAAGAGGGCAACUUAUUUGGUGUGCAACUAUUCUCCAAAGGGGAACUGGAUUGGUGAGGCCCCAUAUAAAGUAGGUGUUCCUUGCUCCAUGUGCCCUCCGAGCUACGGAGGAUCAUGCAGUAACAACAUGUGCUUUCCUGCUGUGAACUCAAAUUACCUGCACUGGUUUAAAUAAACACAGACAGACAGAAUGCACAUGCCCCAUCACAGAGACACUGUCCCUCAUGGGAAUUUGCACAACAUUCCUGCAUUUUUAUUAAAUAUAAUAUGGGCCAUAUAGGACCAUAGGAUGCAAGGCAGUAUUUUUAAGAUAUGUAAAUAACUUAUUUUUCAAUGUUUAUAUUUUCCUUGUAUUAUGUUGUUUUGUGUAUAAACCCAAUGGUUUAUUUCCUGAGAGGGACUCUACUGUGAUCUGUCGAGACAUGAUUGGUGCUUGCAGUAUUCAACUGUAAAGGCCCGUUCACACCAAGGACGAUAACUAAAAAGAUAAUUAAAUAUAUAUAAUUUUUUUUUUUCCACACACCACAGCUAUAACUAUAAAGAUAGAGAAACAAUAUAAUUGGAAUCAGCGCAGAAUGUUGAUGAACCAUACAAAUAUCGACACCCAAUCAGAAUCCAUCCUGCUAUAAUGAGUCAAGAGUUUAAAAUGGCAGACGAAAUAGAUAAUAUUGUUCACUGGUAUGGAUGCUAAUAUCUUUAUCGUUCUUGGUGUGAACGGAGCUUAACUGUACUCCGAGAACACAAGGCGCAAUUGCCAAAACUUCCAAUAGGCUUUGUUGGCAAUUCUAACGUUGCAAAUUGUCUGUAGUGCCAGAUUGUAUUAAUGGUCUUAAAGGGCUAGUUCACCCAAAAAUGAAAAUUCUGUGAUUUUUAGGCAUUCUGAACUCAUGGCUUUCUUUCUUCUGUGGAAGACAAAAGAUAUUUUGUAGAACUCUUCUGCUGGUUUUAUGUACAUUUUUAUAAAAAGUCAGAAAAGUUGUAUGGAAUAAUUUCACAUUUCCUUUUGUCCUUUUUGGAGUUUAAAAGUUGUGGAAACCAUUUUCUUUAGUGUUACACACAGAAACCGCUAAAACCUUCUUCUGUAUAUCAUCUUUUGUGUCCCACAGAAGAAAGUCUGUCAUUUACUCGUCUUCCAAACUUGCAUGACUUAUUUUAUUCUGCAGAACCCAAAACAAGAUAUUUUGAAAAAUGCUGGUAACCAUGGUUUGAGUUUUCUAUUGACUUCCAUUGCAUGGACAAAAAAUACAAUGGAAGUCAAUAGGAAACGGUAUGUUCAUGCAUGUUUGGAACAACAUACAAAAUAUCUCUUAAAUAAUGACAAUUUUCUUUUUGAGUGAGCUAUGCAUUUAAAUCAAUGUGAUUUUAAUUUACUUUGGUUCGUUCUGUUCUGUUUUGUGUGAUGUCAUAUCUAUUAACCCUGGAGGUUGACUUUUGGUGCUUCAGUUCAAAUGUUAAGCAGGAUUGAAUACACUCGCUUUCUUGCUUUGGGUCUUCCUUUUUUUGGAAGGUUUCCACAUGCUUAAAGCCUACAAACGUGUUCUUGGGGCUUAGAGAUCAUGGAAUGUUGAUUUAGAAAUCAUUUGGAAAAAAACUCAGCAUUUUGCAACCCCAGAAAGAGCAUUUAGUGAGAUGGCUAAUCAUGCUGUACCCUCAUGAAAUGUUGAGGCGGAUUAACAUUGAAACAUGUUUGAUGUGUAAGCGCACCUUAAAAUGUUUUACUGUUUGUUUGUUUUUUUUGUGUGUGUUUUUAUUUAGAAAGCUGUCAUUAAUGGUGAUUUUUAUCAUUUGUACAUACAUUUUAUGAUUUCAGCAGUAUAGUCUCUACAGUGCAUGCAUAACAGUGGCACAUUAUUGCAUCGUAUUGCUUUGUGUAGAUUUCACUCUUUGAACUGCAUCACACAAGCACUUAGGAAAUCUACCAGGCAGUACUCUGCAGUAAUCUGGACAUGGAGGAGGGGAUAUAAAGCGCUAUUUAUCCCUUAGCCCCCAUAGAUUCAGCGUGGUCAACAUGAUUUCAUUUAUUGAGGAAAAAAAAAAAAUCAAAAAUUUGUUAAAUUCUAUUCUGUACAAUUAGUUGGUGUUUUUUUUUUUUUUUUUUUUUUUUGGUCAUAGACUGCAUCUCUAACUGUGUUAAUGUCUUUGCAGACCUCUGUUUUGUUUUUUUUUCUGCAAUGUACUAUACAAGUUAUGGUGCUAGAUUUAAUGAGCAUAAUGUUAAAUGUGUGUAUUUGCACCUAUUGUUAACACAUAUACAGUACAUAAAUGGCAACUGUAUUUCAGUAACACUUUAUUUAUCAUUUUAAAAUAAGCUGUACAUAGCCUUUUUAUACAGAUCUUUUUUUAUAUAAAAUUUGUUAUUUAAACAUGUAAUUUUGUGCCUCAUUGCAAAGCUGCAACACUGUUUAAGAGUUUGGGGUUUAUUAGCAUUUUGUUUUUGUUCAGCAAGGGUGAAUUAAAUUGACAGUAAAUUC